AUCUCAGGUUCACUUUUACAGCCUAAUAUAAUACCUAUCAUUAUUUCACGCACCAAUAUCCCAUCCGAAUGGCUGCUACCGGAGAAGCUCAGCCCGCAAAGCACCAAGAAGUUGGCCACAAAAGCCUCCUUCAAAGCGAUGCUCUCUACCAAUACAUUCUGGAAACCAGCGUUUAUCCGAGAGAGCCACAACCAAUGAAAGAGCUACGCGAGGUCACUGCUAAACACCCAUGGAAUCUUAUGACGACAUCUGCAGAUGAAGGACAAUUUUUGAAUAUGCUUCUCAAACUCAUAAAUGCCAAGAACACGAUGGAGAUUGGUGUUUACACAGGUUAUUCACUUCUUUCUACGGCCCUUGCUCUCCCAGAGGAUGGAAAGAUAUUGGCUUUGGACAUAAACCGUGAAAAUUAUGAAAUUGGGCUUCCGAUCAUUGAGAAAGCCGGUGUUGCCCACAAGAUUGAUUUUAGAGAAGGCCCUGCUCUUCCUCUUCUUGAUGAAAUGGUCAAUGAUGUGAAACUUCAUGGAUCGUUUGAUUUUAUUUUUGUGGAUGCUGAUAAAGACAACUAUCUUAACUACCACAAAAGGUUAAUUGACCUUAUCAAAAUUGGAGGUGUCAUUGGCUACGACAACACCCUUUGGAACGGGUCUUUAGUGGCCCCACCAGAUGCACCACUCAGGAAGUAUGUUAGGUAUUACAGAGAUUUCGUGUUGGAGCUUAACAAGGCAUUGGCCGUUGAUCCGAGGGUGGAGAUUUGCCAACUUCCGGUCGGUGAUGGAAUCACUUUGUGCCGUCGUAUAAGUUAAUCACAAAUCACGGAUAAACUUUCGUACACAUACAACUGUUCUUUCUUUCUUUUUUGAGAUUCGUACGUGUAUCCAAGUCUUGUAAGAGAACGAGGGGUUUAAUCUUGUGCUUUUCUGAGACAGCUUAUAGCAAUAAUUUUUGUCAAAAUUGACUCUUUUGGAGAGAGCAAUUGUGUUUCGCAAAAACGAAAAAGAGCAAUGAGUUUUUUGUUUGUGACACAUACAUAGACAACCAUACACAACACAAAGUCACAGAGGUUAUGUAAACAAAGUGACAAUAUUAUGUAAUAACAUUGUAUUUUGAAAGCCCUUAUAACUAUA